AUGCAGAGAGGAGGCGGUCAAAUUCCAAUUGGAAGGGGCCAGAAGCUGCCAGAUCGACCCCAACUACCUAUGAUCGGCAAUAGGGGUGGACAACCGCAGAAUCCUGCUGUGCCAGAACGCCCACCCGCCUACCUUGAUCACGCUUCCCUUCCCAUUAAUCCAUAUCCUCCUCAUCCCAUUCACACACUCCCCCCAAAUUUGGUUGGUGUACAGGGUAAACAAUGGUGUUAUGUUACUUGCGGCAACGUGACGUUGAAUACUUCAGAGGAAAACUUCCAGAGAAAAAAGAUCAACCCGCCUGGUUGUUUCAUUGGUGAUUUCAAGGUUACGAGGAGAAAUCUCAGGGAAAUCCCUUCAUACCUCGCGUCGCAUCAAUCAUCCAUGGCUAAUGCGACCAGUAUUCAACUGGGUUAUUCUGGAAGACCGGAUCCUUCUGGAAAAGCCAUAUUCAUGUUCACAUUCUCCAAGACAAUCCGCUCGGGCAAUCAAACCCGCUACGACUAUGCAGCGCCGCGAUAUGGUGUGAUUGUGAGCGACAUGGAUAGAAAUGGAGGACAACAAUCCUUUGAUCGAGACAGUUACCCUCUUUACCAGUUCAAGCCCGUGCCACGCGAGAAUAGUUUUAGCGAAGUUAUGAUAUUAGCUGAUACUCGACGCCUCGACACUACCAGAGGCGAGCUGGGCCUGCUGGCAUGCAGUUUUCAGCUCGAUAGAGGAAGCGACGAGAAAACGCCACCCGACGUACAAUGGCAUCUCUGGCAUCUUGAGAAGCCAGGAGAUGCCGAGCCGUAUGGUAAACAAGUAACCGAAGAACCUGCCCCGCCUGAACUUCAAGGAACCAAAGAAGUUACGGAUGAUGAAUACAAAACCUCCAGAAUCAACAACAACAACAACAACGCUCAUAAUCCGAACAGCAGAAAUGUUCUGAACAAUAAUGGGGUCAACAACAACAAUGCGGGUAACAACGACUCUGAAGGUUUUGAUAUCCUCAACCAAUCGGGCGACGUACAAUAA